AUGGAACAAGCGAAGUGGGAGGAGGUUGUAGUUUUGUGGAUGUGUGGUAAAUCAUUUGAAUUAGAAGAAGAUAAUGACAAUGGUUGUCGUUUAUCGAAGGAGAAAGAGGAAUGGCAAAUUGUUGAUUUGGAGAACAUUUUGUUGAAACACGAAUUUUUCCCGGACUUUAUUUGUGGGGAUGAUGCGUUCUAUGAUAUAUUGUUGAGACGAAUGCUGGCACAGUUGGUUUUAUGUGUGGGUGUUCUGGAACGACCACAGCUUGGCAAUUUUGCUCAUCUAUCAAACUGUAAGACGAUGUUAGUACAUGAGAUUUUGGCGGAUGUGCAUAAACGUAAAGAGCAGUUCGAGAAGAAAACCGGUGUGAAUCUUGAUCACUAUUACAGAUUGGCUGUUACGAAAAAGCGUGGCGAGAAGAGAAAACAAGAGGCAGUUGAGGCACAUACUAAAUUGAAAAAAAAUGUGAAACUAGGUAUAUGA